GAUAAGUCGUCGGAUGAAACAACAUACUAAAUGUAAAGAAACAAAAUUUUACAAGAUUUUUUUGACAAAUUCAGAAACUUAUUAAUAGAAAAAAAACGCCAAAAAACAAACAAACCUCGGGCAGCGUGUCAAUUACAAAGUUUGAUAAGCUGUGUUCCUACUUCCGUUCUACUCCCUGAAUAUGAAAAUGGUACGCUCCAACCGCCGUAAGGUGAUCGAAGAGGUAUAUGGCUCCAAGCUGGAUGCUAUACAUCCGGUCAAGUCGCAGGCGCUGCCCUUACUAGGCAUUGCGGGUGGGGGCGGAGCAGGUGCCACUGGAUUGGCUCACUUGCGUCCGCCUGACACUCGCAUUCAGAGCAGCUAUAUGACCGACAACGACUACUACAUUCAGACGAACAUGCCCCUGACGGCGAAAAACCUACGCAAUAACUCGAAUAUCUUGACGAACGCCCAGCCAUCGCCAUACAGCAACAUGAAUACGCAACGCAGCAACAUUGGAGGCAAGAUCAGCGGACGUCAGCCCCAACAGCAUAAGGUCGCACAUUUGACGCUGCCCGAGGGUAAGGUUAACAACAGUGUCUACGGCUUGGCUCCCAAGCCCAAAGAGCAUCCGCAUCAGCAACGCUACGGCUGCGCACUCAGCAAGUCUGUCACACAACGCAGCAACUAUAGCGCCAUAGAAGUCAAAAACAAUAACAACGCUGACACGGAGCUCUCCAACAAGGAGCUGAUACACCAGAGCGGCAAGAGCGGUUCGAUCAACAAACGUCGCUCGCAUCAGCACACACACCGCAUGCCUAUGGAGAUGCCAAUACAAAUGGCUGUGAUGCCGCAUCCACCACAGCACCAGUUGCAUCAGCAACAGCUGACCCAUCACAGUAACAGCAAUCACCAGCAUCAGAAUGUAGCACAUACAAAUGGAAACACACACACGCCCCAGCAUCCUCAUCAAAAACAUACAUGUCCACGCCAGUCACAGUCGUCCAGCCAGCCCCAGGUGAGUGCCGCCGAUGAUGAGGAUAAGGACGAUGAUCCCGAGGAGUUUUUCGAACUGAUACGUCAAACAGUACAAACAGCCAUAGGGAACACCAUCAAUGAUACGCUGUUCAAGAGCUUUCGUGAUCUUGGAACCAAGAUCGAACGCUUUUCCGGGGAGCUUAAGCAAACAAACGACAAAUUUGAGAAGCUGCAGGAGACGGUUACCGGAAAGCUCGUUCACUACGGCGAGGAGAGCUCGCGCCACUUCCGGUAUCUGUGCAUGAAAUCCGAGUACGAUAAAAUGUUCUUCCAGCACCAGGCGAUGCUGAGCAAUCAGACCGCGGACUCGAGCAAUCCAUCGCAGCAAAAUUUUGCUGCCAUUGGUGUUGCACCUUCGCUUGGGGGCACUGUUCGUCCCAUGUCCAACCAGAAGUUCAUUAGCAAAGCGCCCAAACAUACCCAAACGGCCCAAGACCGCGGCAAGCUGCCCACAGGCAAUGGUAAUACCAACAAAGUGCAGAAUCCUUGUGCAUACCGCACCACUUCGAAAGCGCCGCACCAGCAGCAGACCCCUCCUGAGCCUCACAAGUCAUCGGAUCAGAUCGUCGGUCAAUCCUCGCACUUGGGAGUGGCCGAAGUGUUGGGGCACAUACAACGCAUCUGCACACAGAUGCAGCAAAAUGAUAUGGGCCAGCAGAAUGAAAACCACUUGCCCCCCGAUGCAUUCAAUAAACUGGAGGCGAGCCUGGUCGCCAAGGCCAAAUCGAAUGCCGCUCUCGGCAUUGGUGGAGCCAAGCACAAGGUGCUUGCUGCGGGUGCGGUGAAGAAUGAGGGAAAGCUACUGGUUGACAGUUUGGAUGAGGCCUACUCCGAAACGGAAGACUUUGCCAUGUACUAUGAUGAAUCGUCCUCAUGCAGCGACGACGACGACUGUGGCCUGAAAUACCCUAGUGGAGCUGUCACCUCUCGUGCACCGGCGCCAGUCAACCCGUUCCGCAGGCAGUCCAACAAUGGAGCCGGGGAUGGGCAAUAGCUUCUCCAUGUUCAAUGGGAAAUCUCCAACCUGAUCAGACAAACAAUAUACUAAAAUAUUCUUUGGGUUUCGUCUAAAAUGUUUCCACAAAUUUAACGAGAAAUUAACGUGUUUACUACAUAUAUACAAAUAUUUUCAUGUGUUCAUUUGAAUUUUC